AUGAGGCGAGUAUUUGUUUUAAGACAAAUAAAAGUAGCAGGAAUUAAACUGAAGGAUUGGUUCAGUUUCAUAUUAACACGAGGUUUUGAAGUGCUUAAGGAUUUGUUGAAAUUUGUAGACACGUAUCAAGGGAGUUUUUCUAGAACGCUUUAUCUCGUUAUCAUCUUCUGCCGAGAAUAUCUAAGAAUAUCGGAAAUAGAAGUUGCGGACAAUGAUGAAGAGUGGGAAGAAGAUACAUCUAGUGAAGAUGAUGAGGAAGAGUGGGAAGAAGAUUCAUCUACUAAAGAUGAUGAUGAAGAGUGGGAAGAAGAUACAUCUAGUGAAGAUGGGAGAGGAGAAGAUGCCAUUCUUAUUUUACAGGGUUUGAAGAAGUGCAGGAAUUUCUUGUACUGUCAUUUCCAGAUGUUGCAAGGGUGGAAGAAGAAGAAGAAAGGUUGGCAAAUGCUGAUGAAUAUUACAAAAGAUGAUAGUAAUUGUGACGAAGAGGAUGAAGAAUAUUCAGGAGGCGACGAUGGUGAAGGAGAUUGGGAAGAUGGGUUUGAAGAAGUGCUGGAAUUUCUUGAACUGUCAUUUCCAGAUGUUGCAAGGGUGGAAGAAGAAGAAGAAAGGUUGACAAAUGCUGAAGAAUAUUACGAAGUUGGGGGAGGAGAUGAUAAUGAAGGAGAUGGGGGAGGAAAUGAUGAUGAAGAUGGGGGAGAAGACGAUAGUGAUGGUGAAGAAGAGGAUGAAGAAUAUUCAGGAGGCGAUGAUGGUGAAGGACAUUGGGAAGAUGGUGAAGAUGAUAAAGAUGAAGAAGAAGAUGAAGAUGAAGAUGAUAAAGAUGAAAAAAGUGAGGGACUGCUUGAUGGCAAAAAAUAUUAUGCAAAAGAUAGUGUAGAUGACCCGAUAGAUGAGCAUGUCAAUAUCAUGGUGGAAGAAGAAGAAGAAGAAAGGUUGACAAAUGCUGAAGAAUAUUACGAACUUAGGAGAGGAGAUGAUAAUUUAGGAGAAAGGGGAGGAUACGACGAUGAAGAUGGGGGAGAAGACGAUAACACGUUUGAAUGGAGUUUUUCUAAAAUGCUUUAUCUCGAUAUCAUCUUCUGCCGAGAAUAUCUAAGAAUAUCGGGACUAGAAGUUGGGGAUAAUGAUGAAGAGCGAGAAGAAGAUACAUCCAGUGGAGAUGAUAAUGAAGAGUGGGAAGAAGAUACAUCUAGUGAAGAUGGGAGAGGAGAAGAUGGGUUUGAAGAAGUGCUGAAAUUUCUUACACUGUCAAUUCCAUAUGUUGCAAGGGUGGAAGAAGAAGAAGAAGAAAGGUUGACAAAUGUUGAAGAAUAUUACAAAGAUGGGGGAGAAAAUGACAAUGAAGAUGGGGCAGAAGACGAUAGUGAUGGUGACGAAGAGUAUGAAGAAUAUUCAGGAGGCAAUGAUGGGUAUGAAGAAGUGCUGGAAUUUCUUGAACUGUCAUUUUCAAAUGUUGCAAGGGUGGAAGAAGAAGAAGAAGAAAGGUUGAGAAAUGUUGAAGAAUAUUACGAACUUGGGGGCGGAGAUUAUAAUGAAGGAGAUGGGGGAGGAUAUGACGAUGAAGAUGAGAGAGAAGACGAUAGUGAUUGUGACGAAGAGGAUGACGAAUAUUUAGGAGGUGAUGAUGGUGAAGGAGAUUGGGAAGAUGGGUUUGAAGAAGUGCUGGAAUUUCUUGAACUGUCAUUUCCAGAUGUUGCAAGGGUGGAAGAAGAAGAAGAAAGGUUGACAAAUGCUGAAGAAUAUUACGAUGUUGGCGGAGGAGAUGAUAAUGAAGGAGAUGGGGGAGGAAAUGACGAUGAAGAUGGGGGAGAAGAUGAUAGUGAUGGUGACGAAGAGGAUGAAGAAUAUUCAAGAGGCGACAAUGGUGAAGGACAUUGGGAAGAUGGGUUUGAAGAAGUGCUAGAAUUUCUUGAACUAUCAUUUCAAGAUGUUGAAAGGGUGGAAGAAGAAGAAGAAAAAGUGUUGACAAAUCUAAAGAAUAUUACGAACUUGGCGGAGGAUAUAAUAAUGAAGGAGAUGGGGGAGGAAAUGACGAUGAAGAUGGGGGAGAAGACGAUAGUGAUGGUGACGAAGAGGAUGAAGAAUAUUCAGGAGGCGACGAUGGUGAAGGAGAUUGGGAAGAUGGUAAUAUCAGGAAUAGAAGUUGGGGACAAUGAUGAAGAGUGGGAAGAAGAUACUUCUAGUGAAGAUGAUGAUGAAGAGUGGGAAGAAGAUACAUCUAGUGAAGAUGGGAGAGGAGAAGAUGGGUUUGAAGAAGUGCUGGAAUUUCUUGAACUGUCAUUUCCAGAUGUUGCAAGGGUGGAAGAAGAAGAAGAAGAAAGGUUGACAAAUGCUGAAGAAUAUUACGAACUUGGCGGAGGAGAUUAUAAUGAAGGAGAUGGGGGAGGAUAUGACGAUGAAGAUGAGGGAGAAGACGAUAGAGAUUGGGAAGAUGGUGAAGAUGAUAAAGUUGAAGUAAAAAAUGAAGAUGAAGAAGAUGAAGAAGAAAAAGAAGAUGACGAUGCAGAUAUAGAUGAAGAUGAAGAUGAUAAAGAUGAAAAAAGUGAGGGACCUCAUCAUGGCGAAAACGAUUAUGCAAAAGAUAGUGAUGAUGACCCAAUAGAUGAGCAUGUUCAUAUCAUGGAUAUUUUUGAAAAGAGUACGAAUUUAAUGAAGAUAUUCAAAGCGGCCGAGAUGCUCUUUUCAAUGAAUUUCUUAUUCAUAGAAACAUUAACUGUGAAGAAUUCCUUUAAUGGUUGA